GUCAUCACCCUGCGCCCGCCGAGAGGGUUUCCCAGCAGGGUCCAGGGCAGCCUUCCGCGCCAUGGGAACUUGGCAGCGUUUGCUGCGUUUUGGUGGGGUGGUACUCCGACCUGGUGGCGGGGCCACCGCCCCGCUUGGGAGAAGCCGGGCGUUGGUUUGUCGGCGCCAGUUAUCUGGUGCUGAGAGUGAGACACUAAAACAAAGAAGAACACAAAUCAUGUCCCGAGGACUUCCGAAGCAGAAACCGAUAGAAGGUGUUAAACAAGUUAUAGUUGUGGCUUCUGGAAAGGGUGGCGUUGGAAAGUCUACCACAGCAGUGAACCUUGCACUUGCACUAGCGGCGAAUGAUUCGUCAAAGGCCAUUGGUUUGUUAGAUGUGGAUGUGUAUGGCCCUUCAAUUCCAAAGAUGAUGAAUCUGAAAGGAAAUCCAGAAUUAUCACAGAGCAACCUAAUGAGGCCUCUUUUGAAUUAUGGUAUUGCUUGUAUGUCUAUGGGCUUCCUGAUUGAAGAGACUGCACCAGUCGUUUGGAGAGGCCUUAUGGUCAUGUCAGCCAUUGAGAAACUAUUGAGGCAGGUAGAUUGGGGUCAACUGGACUAUUUAGUUGUUGACAUGCCACCAGGAACUGGAGAUGUGCAGUUAUCGGUCUCACAGAAUAUUCCCAUUUCAGGUGCUGUGAUUGUCUCCACGCCCCAGGAUAUUGCAUUGAUGGAUGCACACAAGGGUGCUGAGAUGUUUCGAAAAGUCCAUGUGCCUGUUCUUGGCCUUGUCCAAAAUAUGAGUGUUUUCCAGUGUCCAAAAUGUAAACACAAAACUCAUAUUUUUGGUGCUGAUGGUGCAAGGAAACUAGCGCGGACCCUUGGUCUUGAUGUUCUAGGAGACAUUCCCUUACACCUUAAUAUAAGGGAAGCUUCAGAUACAGGCCAACCAAUCGUGUUUUCACAGCCUGAAAGUGAUGAGGCCAAAGCUUACCUGAGAAUUGCUGUAGAAGUGGUAAGAAGGUUGCCACCACCUCCAGAAUGAUUCCCCAAGUGUCCUGGAAAUCUGCCUGGUACUGAUAAUAAGAGGAUCUUUGGAAAUCAGCAGUGUGGUAGUGGAACCUACAGAAUAGUAGCAAUCAUAAUUGUCUUCUUUUAUUUCUAAGGAAAUAAUGUCUUGUUUUAGAUUUGAUUUGAUAAGCUAUGGUUCACAAAUUUUUAUGUUUCAAUGCUAACUGAAUAUAUUUAGGAAUUUUUUUGAAAGAUGAUGUGUACCAACUAUGCAGAAUUGCAUUUUAUUUUUAUUUAAUUACCCCUUGAGGAAUCAUGAAUUCAUGAUGUUGCAAGCCCCCUUUGGACAGAACUAUACUCUUUUUGCAGUACCACAGAGUUAGUAAUUUAAAAGGUUUACUAAAUUUGUGUAUGGACAUAAAUGUGUGACACCUCCCAACCAGCCAGUUUGGUCCGGCUUUCAAUCCUGUCUUUAGUCCUGUCCUGGACAUGUUCUUAAUAUUGGAUGAACCUCGGCUUCUUCAUCUGGAUCAGACUGUAUCCCAGACUUAAUGAACCUGGAUCUCCAGAGGUGGGGCCUGGGCAUGUAUGUUUUUAAUAAGAUCAUGAUGAUGUUGAUGAUGAUUCUGAUUAUAAUGGCAAAAAUAAUAAUAGCUAACUUUUAUCAAGUGCUUUCCAUGUGUUCUUAUAGUUAAUCUUCCAUUUGUAUGAGUGGGGCACUAUUGUUAUCCCCAUUUACAGAUGAGGAAACUAAGGCAUAAGAAGGUCUUGCUGAGGAUUACUUUAUCUAGCAAGUGAUGGAGCUGGGAUUUGAACUUGAGUACUUGGAUACUGGAUUCCUCCUUUUAUACACCAGUGUGCAUUUGUUAAUUAUAAAAGGAGGGGAUAUAGUAUUUAACAUUUCCUGAAACUUAUUUGGCUAUGAAAUCCACCCCCCUUUUUAGAAGCAUUUAGUGGAGUUCAUGUUUCAAAGAAUACACUUUGAAAAACAUGUAUUUUGUCUAAUUGAAGCUCAGAGAGAGAGUCAAGGACUUUGCAAGGUCGGGUAGUAGAUAGUUUUAAAGCUAUAAGUACUGAUAAGAAUGAAUCACUAGUUCCUAUGAAGGAAGUAGUCUCUCACCUUUGACAAAUGCCUUGACAUCUUUUGCUCUAUAGUUAUCAGCCAGAACAUUAGGCAGAAAGUUGUACAUCAUUAUAAACAUAUUUUCACCCAAAAACCUGUAAAUGGGUGUUUAUAGCAGCUUUAUGUAUAAUAACGAAAAACAACUCAGAUUUUCUUCAGUGGGUGAAUGGUUAAACAAACUGUGGUAUAUCCAUGCCAUGAAAUACUACUCAGUAAUAAAAAAGAAGAAACUAUGGAUACACGCAACGCCCUAAUGAGUUCCAGAGAAUCAUGCUGAGUGAAAAAGCCAAUUUCAAAAGGCUGUGUACCAUAUGAUUCCAUUUAUAAAACAUUCUUGAGAUGACAAAAUUAUAGAAAUGAACAGAUUAGUGGUAGCUGUGUUAAAGAAGGAAGGAGUGAGGAUGGGGUGGGAAUUGGGUGUAGCUACAAAAGCAACAUGAGGGAUCCUUAUGAUAAUGGAAAUAUUCUCUAUCAUGACUUUCUCAAUGUCAGUAUCUUAGUUAUGAUAUUGUACUAUAGUUUUGCAAAUGUUACCAUUGGGGGAAAUUGGGUAAAGGGCACAUGGAAUCUCUCUAUAUUAUUUCUUACAACUGCAUGUAAAUCUAUAAUUAACUCAAAAUAAAAAUAAAAGUUUUAAAAAACACA